ACAGUAUGGUUCGAAAUCAUAGAAUCUUUGAAGAGGAUUAUAUUUCGAAAAAACGGUAUUCCUUACUUGUCAGCUUUGUAUUAUCGGAGAUGUUUUGUGCUCUGCGCUGUGCUAGCUAUAAUACCGUCGGUGUUCGUACCAAUCUGCACUUCAGCUAGGACAUUUUUACUUGCUAUUGUUGUUCGUGUACUCCAAGGUUUUUCACUAGCUGUCUUCUUGCCUUAUCUUUGCAAGAUUGCUUUAUUCAUUCCCUUACGACAUAUGGCUUUUCCGUCCAUCAUCUUCGCAUAUAUUCAGGUAGCCGCAUUCUUCGCGUUCCCGAUAUUCUCUCUUUUAUCAUGGAGUCAACUCGGAUGGCAUUCCGUGCACUAUGGAGGAUGCCUCGCUACGGCUUUUAUGUUUGGAGUUUUCCUCUUGAUAAACUACGACGACGAGUUUAAAGAGAAAGCCGCAAGGGAGAGCACAUUCAAUGCACUAUUCACGUACGAGAGGUGCCGAUCCCGCAUUAUAACCUUACGACUGCCCUAUUUAUCGAUUUAUCAGGACAUUCGGAUUUGGUCUGUAUUCAUUGCGGCUUUUGGCUAUUUCACGGCUCUCAAUCUGUACCUUACAUUUGGAGCAACUUUUCUUAACAAGGUUGUUCGGUUGCCGAUUGUUUCCACCGGUCUGCUUUUGGCCAUUCCACCGGCCUGCAAUAUCGCCACCAAUUUCUUUACAUGCGGACUUUUUUCUAAACUCGCGAACACUGAAACGAACAAAAUCCGGUUCUUCAACACGCUCGGAUCUGUGCCAUCCGGCAUACUGUUCGCUAUGAUCGGACUCUUCGAUCCGGAACUCCAACCGGCAUCUGUAACGACAUUAUUCAUCGUCGCCAGCUCUCUGCUUGGGUUUUCCUCAUGCGGUUUCUUUCGAAUGUGCCAACUUCGUUCUCAACAGCAUCAUCUCUUCCUUCUUGCGAAUCUCUUCCUCAUCAACUGCGUUUCUAUGUUUCUGACGUCUCUUUUCAACGUGUUGAUCGCCCACAACGAUGACUACUGUAGAUCCUUUAUUCCGUUGGAACACACAGUCUUGCAAUUGGUCGCUUCAACAGGUUUUUGGUUUUUUCUUCAUUCUAGAACGUAA